AUGGGCAUCCCUAGGGCGUUGGCCCGGCUGGGACCUCAGGGCCUGCGGGCGGUGCGGGGCUACGCCUCUGCGGCCGGCGGCGCCACGGAGCAGAACCUGGAGGAGUGGAAGCAGCGGGCCGGCAAGGAGGCCAAGGGCCGCGACCCCUGGCAGGCCUUUUCCUCCACCAACCAGGACAUCCACUUGAUGCCGGUGUACAGCGGGCUGGAUGUGGCAGGGCAGCCAGACUACGGCUCUGAGUUCCCGGGGGUGUACCCCUACACUCGGGGGCCCUAUGCCAGCAUGUACACGGGGCGGCCCUGGACCAUCCGCCAGUAUGCAGGCUUCUCCACGGCAGAGGAGUCGAACGCUUUCUACCGGAAAGCACUGGCAGCGGGGCAGCAGGGGACCAGCAUUGCUUUCGACCUUCCCACCCACCGCGGCUAUGACAGCGACCACCCGCGUGUGUCGGGCGAUGUGGGCAUGGCGGGUGUGGCUGUGGACUCUGUGGAAGAUAUGAAGAUCCUGUUUGAUCAGAUCCCCCUGGACCGCAUGAGCGUCAGCAUGACCAUGAACGGCGCGGUGCUGCCGGUGAUGGCCAUGUUUGUGGUGGCGGCGGAGGAGCAGGGGGUGGCCGCCGCCAAGCUGCAGGGCACCAUCCAGAACGACAUACUCAAGGCGAGGAGGAGGGAGCGGCCCUGGCAGGGCCGGGGCAAGGCAGAGGGGGAGUUUAUGGUUCGCAACACAUACAUCUACCCGCCCCACCCAUCCAUGCGCAUCGUCGGCGACAUCUUUGCCUACUGCUCCCGCCACCUGCCCAAGUUCCACCCCAUCUCCAUCAGCGGGUACCACAUGCAGGAGGCGGGCGCCACCCCGGGGCUGGAGCUGGCCUUCACGCUGGCAGAUGGGCUGGAGUACAUCCGGUGCGCGGAGCAGGCUGGGCUGACUGUGGACCAGGUGGCCCCCCGCCUUUCUUUCUUCUUCGCCAUCGGCAUGGACUUCUUCUCAGAGGUGGCCAAGCUGCGUGCCGCGCGACGGCUGUGGGCACGCCUUGUCAAAGAGAAGUUCGGCCCUUCUGACGAGAAGUCGCUCGUGCUGCGCACGCACUGCCAGACCAGCGGAUAUAGCCUGACAGCGCAGGAGCCGUACAACAACAUCAUUCGCACCACGGUAGAGGCCAUGGCGGCAGUGAUGGGAGGCACGCAGUCGCUGCACACCAACUCCUUUGAUGAGGCCAUCGCGCUGCCCACGGACUUCAGCGCCAAGCUGGCCCGCAACACGCAGCUCAUCCUGGCCGAGGAGACCGGGAUCACAAAGGCAUGCGUGGCCGACCCGCUGGGCGGCUCCUUCUACCUCGAGGCGCUCACCUCCCAGAUGGAGGCGGCCGCGGAGGAGGUGAUCCGCGAGGUGGAGCAGAUGGGAGGCAUGACAGAAGCCAUCAUCUCUGGCCUGCCCAAGCUGAAGAUAGAGGAGUGCGCGGCGCGGCAGCAGGCGCACAUCGACAGCAACAAGCAGGCGCCCCUGCAGGUGAUUGUGGGGGUCAACAAGUACGCCCAGGGCGACGACAACGGCGGCGCGCCGCGGGAGCUGGAUGUGCGCCGCAUCGACAACACCAUGGUGCUGCAGCGGCAGCAGGAGCGGCUGGCGCAGAGCCUGCGGGCAACGCGCGACGAGGCGGCGGUGCAGGCGGCGCUGGCGGCGCUGGAGGCGGCGGCGCACAGCGGCAACCGGCAGCACAACCUGAUGGAACUUGCGGUGCAGGCGGCUCGCCUCAGGGCCACGGUGGGAGACAUCUCAGCGGCAUUAGAGAAGGCGUGGGGGCGGUACGAGGCGGGAGGCGGCAUGUCCACGGGUGUUUACAACAAGGCGCUCGGCACCUCGGCCCAGAUGGAGGCGGUACAGCGAGUGGUGGCGCGGUUUGAGGCGGAGGUUGGGCGGCACCCGCGCAUCCUCAUCGCCAAGAUGGGGCAGGAUGGGCACGACAGAGGCGCCAAGGUCAUGGCAACCGGGCUGGCUGACCUGGGGUUUGAUGUCGACAUCGGGCCACUGUUCAUGACGCCGCAUGAGGUGGCGCGCCACGCUGUGGACGCAGAUGUGCACGUCGUGGGUGUGUCCAGCCAGGCGGCGGGCCACGGCACGCUGGUGCCGGAGCUGAUGCGAGAGCUGGCGGCGCAGGGCAUGGGGCAUGUGCUGGUGGUGUGCGGCGGCAUCAUCCCCAAGCAGGCAAGCGGGCUGCGGCGGUGGCGCGCCUGGGUGGCUGCCUUCUACGGGCCUGGCACCCGCGUGCCUGCGGCUGCCCUGGACAUGAUUGGGAUGCUGCUGGAGGGGAAGCAGCCAGAGGCGGGCAGCCAGGGCACCGCGUGA